AUGGCGAAGUCGAACGCAAAACAACAGCCGCUCACCGUCAUCGAGCUGUACUUUCAAAAUGCCUUGUCAAUCAACAGAAGGCUGGAUGGGCUCGAGAAGGCCUUGCAGGAUAUGGCCAUGGCGUCAAUGGAUGUGGCCGCAGCGGGGGAGAUUGUUGGCAACUGCUAUGUCGACGUGACGGAGGCGGUGACUGUGCAACACAAGGAGGAGGAGGACAAAAACGGGGAAUACCUGGUGUCGAAUGACACGGCGGAUGCGCUGCACAGCUCUGCGAAGUUACUUGCGCUGCAGAUGCGUGAGCUGAAGGUUGGGAAUUCGCUGCCGAACUACAGGGCCAGCAUGCAGAAGGAGAUUUUUGAGCGGAUGCCGCCACUCCGUGAGGCUGUCAAGAAGACCCUUGCUGCGGGCAAAAAGGCAAUGAAGUAUCUGCGGAAGUACCAGAAGAAGGUGGAGACGGUGGAGACAAAGAUGCAGAAGUAUGCCAAGGCCAACAAACCAAUCGGCGAGAGUAAGAUGUACGGCAGGCAGACAGCGAGGCGCGACAAGGCCCAUGCGAAGUUGCAGGUGAAGAGUACAUACUUUACGAAGCUAUACGAUGAAUACAUGGCAGAUGUUGAAAAGAAGGUCGGGGAGAUGCUGGACCACUUCCUGAACAUUGAGUGCUGCAAGCUGCGACACGCAUUGGACACUGUGCGCCAGGUGGCGUCACAGUCCGCCAAGUGCUUUCCUCCUGCAGCAGGCGUGUUUGUCAACGCAGCUCGCCACAGCCUGUUACCUGGAGGAGAGGAUAACACUCUGUCAACGAGAUCGCCGUCGAUGAGGCAUAUUGCAGCGGGUGCGGAGCUGUGCGGCAAUGGGAGUCUUGCGCGGCUACCGGGGCGACAGGAGGAGCCCUUCGGGGGAGCCCUCUACGCACCUGUGAGUCCUUACGGUAAUGCUAUGAGGGAGGAACCCACUUCCGCAGUGCACGGCACAAGACUUGGAGAUCCAGGCAUGCAACCGGAGUCCCCGCUGGCGCACUUGGACGCAACUGCUGUCUAUUCAUUGCCGCCGGUGGCCAAUGACAAUCAUGCAAAGACGGUCCAACGCCCCGAGGAGAUGUUGGGAGAAGAAGCCACUUUUGACGACUCGUCGAAGAAUGCUGAAGCUACCGGCGCCACUCCCAACGACAAAUCGAGUCCUCCAGAUAUGCAGCCCGAAUCUCAACCACCGCACUCGGGAGAAGCACCAAUGUAUCCCAUGUGA